CUUCGUACAAGGAUUUAUUAAAAUUGUGUGUGCAAAACGGAGGUGAGUGCAAAUCAGAGGAGUACUCUUCACCCUUCAAGGAGGAAUUCCAAACCGUAAUAAGGAUGACUCACUCCUUAAAUGAUGUUGAAGCUAUACAUGCAACACCAGUAUCCAUUUGCAAUCCUACUAAUUACGACAUUGGUUGUGACGAUGUUGUUAACAACCAAAAAAAUGAGAAUGAAAUCCCACCUGCGACACAAAAUUCAAAGCCAAAACGAGGAAGACCCUUCAAAACGCCACCUGAAUCGAUUAAAAAUUGGUAUGUUAUACGCAAAGAACGAAAGAUCGCCAACAGGUUCGAUACGACUUAUAUUCAUAUGGAGACAGACUUUCGGUGUCGGUCUUUGAAGGAGAUUAAGAAUAAUGAGAAAUAUGGAAGUCCUCCUCGACGUCAAAAAGUGAAAGCACAAGCCAAAGAAGAAAGCAAUGACAAAACAAAAAAUGAAACAGAAGAAAUGGUUGUUGCUCAAAGAAAAGCGAAAGCAGAAGUUAUGAGAACUUUUGUUGAAGAGUUUCUUUCGGAAGCUUAUCACAAUCAGCUUCACAUGUUCGACCCAUAAUCAAUAAAAAUCAACUAUUAUAUAAUGUUCAAAUCGACUGAAAAACAUUAUCAUCAGUUUAUUUAAUACCUAUGUUGACAACUUCCAUGUGAUUUAGGAUAUUCAUAUGAUUUUAUUUUGACUUUCUAUGUUGGAUGAAAUGACUUUCAGCUAUGCUUUUUUUUUUUGGGGUUAGUCUAACAAUUUGCUAGAAAGAUCUCAAUCCAUUGGUUCCUUUUCAUGGUUGUGGAUAUUGGGUUAGGCUAGGUAUGUUUUUAUUUGAAAUAAUUUUGUGUUUCAUCUCUCUAUUGUGAUGAAUCUCAUUAAUGGCAUGCACAACUUAUCUUUUACACAUUGUGGGUGACUUACAAUUCCAAUAUUGAUGUUGGCUUUGUAGGGUUGGGUACAUAUUUAUUUGCUGGUUUUGUGGUGUGUUUACACUAGUUACUAGACUAGUACACCAAUUUUCACGUCUACUAAGUUGGACAAGUUUUGUUUUUGUUGGAAAAUUGACUUGAAUAAUUUCUAAAACAAUUAAUAACUAUAAAUUAUUAAAUUAAACUUCAUAACAUUUUCCAUCACAUUUAUGUGAAAAGUUUCAAUGCAAUUUCAAUCCAAUUUCGUCUAAAAAUAUGAAAACUUAAACUUAGUUAAUGUUCAUUGUAUAAACAAACUCUUUGAUAUGGGCAUUUGUAUAUUACCAUUUAAUUCCUCUUUUACCCUUCUCUAAUCCUUAAUUACUUAGAGUCUUGAUAUCUUAAAUGGACUGUGAUGAAUAAUUCUAUAAGCUACUACAUUCAUAAUCCCAUCACCAUGCCCACUUCCCCCAUUCAUUUCUCAAUUUGUGUUUUCCUAUUUUACAUGUUAUGAAUGAAUUGCAACAUCAAGUUUUUUUAACAUUUUUUUAUCAUUGUUUUCUUUUUAUAAAAUUGCUAAUUUUAUUUAACAUGCUAGGAAUCAAUGAAUUGCAACAUCAACUUUUUUAACAAGUUUUCUCUCGUUUGCCUUUUGUUAUUAUCACUAUUUUUUUUUUUUGCAGACCUAUAUUCAUAAGGAGACACGCUUUCGGUGUCGGUCUUUGGAGGAGAUUAAAAAUUACGAGAAUCAUGAAAUUCCUCCUCAGUGUCACAAAGUGAAAACACAAGACAAAGAAGGAAGCGAUAACAAAACCAAAAAUGAAACAGAAGAAAUGAUCGUUGCUCAAAGAAAAGCAAAAACAUAAGUUGUGAGAACCUUUGUUGAAGAAUUUCUUUCAGAAGCUCAUUAAAAUCAGCUUCACAUGUUCAACCCAUAAUCAACAAAAAUUAACUAUUUUGUAAUAUUCAAACUGAAUGAAAACAUUAUCAUCAAUUUAUUUAAUACCUAUGUUGACAA